UCAAGAUACAAAGUUAUCAUUUGCUUGGAAUUGAAGAAAUAAUACAGUGAUCAUACUUUUUCAGUAACAACUUUAGUUUUACUAAAAGCAAUAUAUAGUAGUCUUCAGUCUAUUUUUUUGUAAUUCUCACGAAUUAUUAUUUGUAUGAUAAACCGCAAUAAUGGCUGAACAAGAAAAGGAAGUGGAUAAAAAUCCAACAGAAAAAGACGAAAACAUCGAACAGAAAACUGAAAGUGUCCCUCCAACUUAUGACAGUCAAAGCUCACCAUUUUAUACACAAUUUCCACCAAACAAUUACCGCCAAAACAUUCCAAAUCGUGAUUUACAAUACAAAAAUGCUAGAGAAUAUGCACAAGUUUUGCACUGCUGGUUAUGGCAGUACAGGAUGCUGGCUGCCUUUAGUACAUUUCAGUCUCAGAUGAUUUCUUCAGUAGCGCAAAAUGCGACAGCAGCAAAUAAUGCAAGAGGUCCCCAGGUUCAGUUAGGAAACGGUCAUUUACCAAAUGGUAUUCCACAGACUCCAGUUCCAGAACACCAUGGCCCAGGUGUCCAUUAUAAGGUCCCAAUGUUAUGGAGAAGGGUAGUAGCUGAAUUUCUAGAUUUUAUUCUUCUUUUUUACACCAAGAUACUUGUAACAGUGGCUGUUCUUAGACAGAUGGGCUAUAUGAAUGAAGACAUUCUUGAUAUUGAUGCCCAGUUCCCGUUCCUAUCCGACAUAGGUGAACUUGAUUAUGAUAGAGUGUUUAGCUUAACGUCGGAAUUGAUAGCUCUAGAAGUUGUGAACAGACUGUGUAUAACUCUUGUGGAGACAAUGUGUUUAAGACAAGGGUUUGCAGGGGCAAUAGGAGGAGCUACCCCUGGAAAGAAAAUCAUGCAGUUAAGAGUUGUUUCGUUUUCUGAAAUUACAAACAUAAGAAAUGGACAUAUUUUAGUGGUUGGUGCAUCAGAUCCUGGGUUUUUCAAUGCACUAAUCAGAUCAAUAAUAAAAAACUUCAGUAUGGCGUUUUUCUUUCCCGCCUGUCUGACGGUGUUCUUUUUCCGGUACAACCGUGCAGCAUAUGAUAUUUUAGCGCAGACAGUAGUGGUCGAAGUGGAAAACAGACGUCCGGAACAGGCCAACUAGUUCAUUGUGAUCUAUUUAUUUACAAUAUGGAUAUAAAUUUUAUUUAAAGACUAGUUUUUCGAUUUUAAUUUUGUCAAAUGUUAAAUAAAAGUGUACCAGUUAUGUGAUAAAAAGUACAGACUGGUUUUUUCUUUUGUGUUUCUAAAGACAAGCCAGUAGAUAAUAGAUUUUGUUCAGGUUCGUUGACCUCUGUGUGUUUGAAUCCCAACAGGGACUUUGGACUCUUUCAUGUGAGGAAGCUAUCCAGUUAGCUCCAACUCAAGAGCUUGUUAGUGUCUGAAAUAAUGCACGGAAGAGCACCUACAAUCUUCCUCCACCAGUGAAGAUGAAAAGUCACCAUAAUUAUGACUUAUACUGUGUUGGUGAGAUGUAAAACCCAUACAAAACAAAGAAACACAGUUACUUUUUGCCAAUCAAGCCAAAAUAAAACCACAGGUCUUUGUUGAGGUUAAAAUUUUAAACUUUUGUUGUGAUUUUUUAUGUUCAAUAUUUUUUAUUUAUUGUAUGAAGCAUUCGAUUUGUUUUAUGUGUAGUAAGUUUUAAAUCUGUUAAUUUCGUUUGGGAAAAUUUAUUUCAAAAGCUGUUUUUGCUACAGUAACUCUGCAAAUGUCUUUCAGUCAUAGUAUUUGUGGAUAUAAAAAAUUAGAGAGUUAUAGAUUUUUCAUAGGUUUUUUUUAAGCAUUUUUUUAAGCAACGGAAACAGCGUAUAAAUUAUGUUUGGUUUUGUUACUUAACAGCUGACAGAAGAUGAAAUUGAAACUUCAGGGUAACACUGUUUUAAUGUUAGCUAAUAAAAAGGAUAUUUGUUUAUAAGAUUUUGCUCCUAAGAUACAUGGUAUUUCUUUAAAUAAUUAUAAAACAUCUUAACCCUUAAAGUGCUGGAACUGAAUGUGUUAAGACCUUGCCACCAGUAAAGAGCCAGGCCAGCCUGCACUACUGUGCAGUCUGACCAGGCUCUAUACUGUUGGCUUACAAACUUUAAAUAUUCAAAUUGAUAUCCCUAAAAUUGAUAAUGGACAGUCCCAAAAAUGGAAAUGGGACAAUUCCAUUUAGAAUAUUCAGCAUGUUCAGGGUUAAUAUCAGUUACCAUAUAGGGAUAGAACCAUUUGUUAUAAAUCCUGUUCUAUUGAUGUGAUAUUGUGAUAUCAGAAACAUUAAAGGCACCCAGUCAAUGAUGUUUUGCAAUAUUUUCCAGGGGCAAGUUAUCUAUAUAUAUACAUGUACUUAAUUAAAAAAAAAACAUAAUGUUCUAGUUCACUCCCCUGGCUCACGUUCAGUUUAAUAAAAAAAUGGCCAAUAUCUCUCAGGGUAAUAGUGCAUAUUAGCAACCUUAGAAGUGAAAACUCAAGGUGGAGCCAGUAACACCCAAGGCGGAGCCACUAUUACCCUGAUAGACGUGUUAAUUCUAUAAUAUCAAAGAGUUAACCUGUUAUUGCACAAAGAUGACAAAUAGUCAAUUGUUUAUUCUAGUCAAGAUGUUGAAGUUUUGUUAUUUCCUAAACUACCAAAGGCCCAUAACUCUAACAUAAAUUUUGACAGAAUUAUGGCCCCUUUUGAACUUAGCAAAAUUUACAUUAUUCAGACUUUUUCUGUCAAGCACUGAGAAGAGUCUAGCAAGCUGGGCUAUCGACAAGUCUUGUUUGUUUUUUUUGUUAGAAAACAAUUUUCUUUAGUAUUAAUGCUUAACUUUUAUAAAUUGUUGUUUCUUUGUUUUAUUUUGUUCAAAUUAUAUAUAUUCUUUUACUUUUAAAAGGAUAAAUUUUAUGAAAUUAUUUUGUAUUUAUUUUUUUCAAGGACUUUGUAUUCUUGUAGUAUGUUUUAUAUUGUGAAAUCUCCUAGUUAUCUUAAUAAAUUGAUGUAGAUUG